AGUUACAGCCAAGUUCAGUUAUGCUGCGCUAGAAUAGGAAAGACGUUAAUUUUCUUAUCCGGGGAAAAUUAGAUUUGUUGAGAAUGGGACUGCGUUAGAUCGACAUUUAGUCACUGCGCUGAGCACAUUGGUCUGUAAUUCAGUGAUUCAUUGUGGAAUCAGUUUGAACAAGAACACUUGCAAUUCUGUACAUCUUCCAGAUUAUUGGUUUGAGUGGUCGGUGUAGAGUUGCGAUUGGAUAUAUUAUCGUUCGGUUAAACGUGUCUGUUUGUGACUACUUCCCGAAAUAUGAACUUACAAAUUCAACACAUAUGAGAAGAGGAAAACGCAGACAUCAUGGCGCUCUUUGCAUCAAACAUAUUAAUUGGGUUCAUAUGGACUUGCAUUGUUGUUUCUAUCGUCAUCAAUAUUUUUUGUUUCGUGAUUCGAUUGCUGCAAAAGCGAGAAUGCCGAAUCACAAGUUUUUUCCUUCACAACCUGGCCGCUGCCAAUACCUUAGUUUCUAUAUUUCUAAUUCUCAUAGCUGCUAUGGACGCAAACUUUGCAUUGAAUACGCCACGGGAGACUCUUCAUAGGUAUCAAUCCCUUUGCAAUUUGACAGGAUUCAUAGGGACAUUAGCAUUCAAUAUGACUCUAACAAUAAUGAUAACGAUGUCCACGGACCUCCUCCUUCGCAAACUCUUCCCCAGGAAAUUCCGUAGGACAAAGAAUUAUUUACCGUUUUAUAGAAUUUUAUUUUUAGCGGAAUGGGUAGCGGUCUGCGCCGUUUCUGCCAUUCCAUAUCUGCCUGUGCAAUAUUUUCAACCUAAUGUGCAACACUUUUGGGACACUCUUUGCUUGCCACUUCGACCUCCACAGGAAUCGUUAUGGAUUUAUACAUUGGUGUUAUUUUGUUACUCAGCGUUUAUUGUGGUAACGAUUUCAUUAGAAAUAUUUCUGAUAAUCUGCCAACUACAGAGACAGAAAAACAUGCUGAUUAUGGCAAUACCAAUGGAGGCACGAGUAAUCAGAAGAGAAAUUAUAUUUGCGAAGCGUUUUUGUUUCAUCAUUUUAUCAACAACUGUUUGCUGGAUUCCCGUGUUAGUUGUUGGAUUUAAUGCGUAUGCGGGCUCGUCUAUAAGUAAAGGGUUGAUCCAAUGGAUUUUUGGAUUAGUGUUACCCUUUGAGUCUAUUCUUAAUCCGCUGCUUUAUCUCGCAACUCUCGGAGCAGAGCAAGGACGAGUUGGACUGUUUCUACAUUCUUGCAAACAAAAAGUAUCUGGAAGUGGGAACACACUAAAAAUUAAACUGCGGCAGCUGACAGGGUCAGUGAGUAUGACGAGGGACAUGUACAUCUACCGAAGCUCCGAAGGAGAAGCGGAGAACGGACAAAUUGAGAGUCUGCAGAGGUCAAGUAAAUCCCCGCCUCCGACAGAUGUCAAAUGGCUCGAGACGCUUCAUAUGGCCGGUCACGAGAAAAGCAAGCCAAUGUUUGGUAAGAUAGAGUGGACAUCGAGAAGUAACGCAUUGCGCCGGGGUAUGAUAAAACUCUUCUCCAAAUCACAUUACAAGCGCUGGAAGAAUGAGAUAAGCACGCUGGAAAAGAUCGCAUUUGCAGGAGGGCAUCCUAAUGUAUUAACGAAGUACUGGCAUUCUGAUAACCACAAAACAAUUGUUAUUGGCGGUCCACCAAGCACACAGUCGAGCAUCUUGGCAGUAGAAAGAUAUCUAUGUACACCAGUAUUUGAGUUUGGAAAUCUACGUAAUUUGCUUGAAGAAUAUCAGGGUAAGCUGACGGAUACAGACAUUCAUAAGAUAACCAAUCAGAUUACAGAUGGCCUCUGCUUCUUGCAUAUGAGGAAUAUCCUGCACAAUAGAAUUCAAGCAACAAACAUCAUGAUUGGUGGAAGCUUAAAGACGUUAAAAGUGGUAAUAUCAGAUUUUGGAAAAGCGAAGGAUGUUACAACAAUCAGACGAAGAAAGCGAGGAGGAACAAUUCAAAAAUCGGAGGAAACAAUAAAAACGUAUGAAGAUAAUUAUCUGAAUGUUCCAGGUUCGAUCUCUUUAAAAGUAUUUCAUGAAAAUGAAUGGGCAGAGAACGUUGAACUUUUUGUGGCAGAUAUACGUGCAUUUGCAAUCAUGUUGUGUGAGAUGCUGUUAUGGUCUUCAACUGAAACAUGCAGAAAGUAUCUCAGUGCUACUGGAAGGAAUAAUUUUGCUUUUCUUCAGGAUGAUAAUACUGCAAAAGAAAUGUCAGGAGAUGGUAAAUCCAAUGAUUGUCUUGCUUCAAAAGAAUCUUCUCAUGUGAAGGUAAAUGCAGAGAUGACUUCCCCCUCAAAAUCCACAAAUAUAAAAUCCAUCAAUGAAUCACAAGAAUUUUCCAAAUUAAAUGGACAUGUUAGAGAGUCUUCCAUGGAAGAUGGACCAGCAAAGAGAGAACCAUAUGUUGGUGGAGGUCAUAGACAUCAUUUUGUGCAAAGCAUGCCACCUCCAGUUUUUGGAGACCUCACCACCAAGCAUCUGGAUAUGCUUCUAGAAGAGGCAAACAAUCAAGUUUUAGAAAUGGAAAUGGAGAGCAAAAAGUUAAAAAGUAUAAACACAGAUAAAUCCGAGGAAGUUCUUAACCACCGAAUAUUGUACGAUAGAAAGUAUCGCGAAAGUCUUGUAAAUUUACUUACAGAAUUUCAGGAAGAAAGUGACCAACAACUUGAGAACUCAUGUGAACUUACUUGUCCAACAAAAAGCUUAGAAGAAGAGUUAUGUAAAAGUUCCAGGACACUAAAAAAGGAAAAGAAUAACAAAGCUGUUGAGAAAGACAGUAAUGAGAUGAGGAGCAGUUCAGAUUCAUCAGGAACUGAGGUUGCAGAGAAUGAUCUCUUUGGUCUUGAUUCAACAAAUGACCUCUUACAGCUUCUUCCAGAUGGAUCAUCAAAAAGGAAAAGUAUUUGUAGUACAGAUAGUGGAAUAUCCUCCCAACAGGAAUCUCUUUCUAAUUUCACCACAAAUAAAAAUGGUAAGAAAGACCAGAAUCCUGUAAUUGGUAUGAAUAAUAAGGUUCCGGGCUGGUCACGGCAUCUACAAUCUAACUCUCUCUCUCCAACACCCUUUCAUUUUCGCAAUAUUCCCAGGUGUCGCACAACGAUAUAUGCAAAGAGCUCAACAGAUAAUGAUAUACCAUCUUUUUCUGUCCUAAGCCAAAUGAUUGAAACAUGGAUUCAAAGUCAUGCUGAUCAAGACUGCGAAUAUCGUUCAAGUAUUCUGGAUGGCGUUCAGAAAAGCCGAGCUAACAUCCCAGAGACAAUUCCUGAAUCAGACAGCGAUAAAAGAUACUCUGAUCUACGCAAAGCUUGUAGUACUGGUGCCAUUGAUGAUGAUAGCAACUGGAACGAUGAAAAUGAUCAGAAAAACCAAUCUACACCUGGCACACCAGAACCAAAACACAAGAGCUCACUUUCGCAAUUUUAUGUUCGGAAAACCGGAACCAAGAAUACAGGAACUCCAGGUUUUACAAAAGCAACCAAUAAGAAUGUUGCAUCACCUGUACACUACCACGGAAGACAGUACAGCAAUCAUUUAUAUAAAAAAUGGAGGAGCGCAGAUAAUGUGAACAAUCACAGGAAUGGCAUAAACUUGACUUGUCCAAAAUGUUUGUUACCAGAUAGACUCCUUUCACCAGAAUUGGAUGUCACUGACCCACUUCAAACGCCAGUGCAAGGUCGUUGCAACUGUGCACCCCUCAACAACUGCCUUAAUUCAGCUGCAAGUCCGCAACUUAGAAAGCACUGGCAAAAUGAAAACAUAUACACACCCAUGUUACCUGCAAACAACCAGAAACCGCAACAGAGAAUGACCUCGGAGUCUUUCAUGCCAGAGAUUACAGAACUGUGCACCACUAAUCUAGAUACACCUGAUGUUCAAUACUUUGACUGCGAUGUGGUUCUCCCAUCUGGUGUCAACAAACAUCAUCAGUUUUACCUAUCCGAAUUGCAGCGCCAAUUUUCCUGGUUGCCACAAGUAACGGCAGAACUGCUUAGAGAUGAAGAGAGGAGAUGUAAGGCCUUCUCCAAUUGGUUACAAGUUUUGAGACGAGAUAAAGGCUACCUGCAUCAACAGAUGGUGAAAAUUGUUGAAAGAUCUUGGAGAGAGGAGCCACCACUUGCAGCACAAGAGAUCAAAGACCUCCUGCUAAAGUGCCUUCCAGAAACACCGCUUUGAUUUUUCACACUAGAACAUUAUUUGCAUCAAAAAAGACUCCUUGCUAAACUGCUUUCCAGAAAUACCACUUUAAGCUUCCUCAGAAUUAGAUCACUGAAAUGGAAUUCUCAUCAGACGAUUUGAGACUUUCUAUUAAACUGCCUUCCUGAAAUACCUCUUUGAGCAUCCUCCAAAAUAGAUCACUGAAAGAGAAGUCACCACUUGCACCAGAAGAUUUGAGACUUGCUACUAAACUGCCUUCCAGAAACCCCUCUUUGAGCAUCCUUCAAUAUAGAUCACUAAAAGAGAAUUCACCACUUGCAUCGGAAGAUUUAAGACCUGCUGCUCAGACUGCCUUCCAGAAGCCUUUCUUUCAGCAUCCUAAAAAUAUAUCCCUGUGGAAGAGGCCCACUUUCAUCACAGUAGAUCAAGAACCUCCUGCUAAUCUCUUAGCAGAUUUAUUUAAUCAUCUUCCAAAAUAGAUCGCUGAGAAAAUGGUGCACUUGCAUCACUAAAGAAGACCUCUUACUAAGCCUCCUCGAGGAAACACCUCUUUGAGCAUCAACCAAAAUAGAUCAAUGUGAGAGAGAGGAGCCAGCACUUGCAUCACAAGUGAUCAAAGACAUUUUUGUAAAAGCUUCUUCAAGAAACGCCUCUUUAAGCAUCCUCAUAAAUAAGUAAAGAUAUUGUAAUACUAUUGGUAUAUUUUGUGAGUCGUUGUCAAGAGCCCUCAUGACCGAACUCUAAGAAAAAAUUUCACUAAUGUAGCGUAAGAUUUGGCGUGUAAAAAAUUAAAAAUCUAAUUUAAGCGUACGGAAAUGAACACUCCACUUCAUAUACUUGAAAACUAUGUAUUUUUGGUGGAUAGUAAAAAUUUGAAUGGAAAUUUUUUUAGUAAAUGUGUUAAGUUUUAAAAUAAAACAUUCUAUAAUAUGGAUGACAUGAAUGACUUUGCAUUAAUCCGGAAUUAUCUUUCAAUAACAUUAGCAAUCAAACAGUCUCCAGGAAGAGAAAAUGUUUUUAAAAGUUGAUUAUUUUAAUAUGGAAAAUAAAAAUGAAACUUGUAUUUUUGACAUUUUUAUAAUGAGCACUGACAUGGUAGGCAUUGCCAUCCGAUUGGUCCGUAAGGAUUACGCACAAGGCUGAUCGUGUUACCUGAUUAACAGCUCAUACAUAUUCAUAUUCAAAAGUAGCACGUAAAGGUGAAUUAUAGGGUUUUCAUCUGCAGUAGUUGUUUCCGGUGCUAAAAGAGAUGAUCAUGCAGGUCUAUAAUGUUUAUAGCUUAAUGAUUCUGCAGUUGUUCAUUAAUUUGUAAAGGGGUAAGAAAUUGAAGGGAAAUUAGUUAACAUUAAGCUGCUAAUUAAGGAACCAUUAAUUAGCAAAAGUCAAUAAUAACCAUUGAAUUACAUUAUAUGUGUACAAUGUCAAUAGAUGCAGUUCCAGUCCUAUUAUUAC